GGGCCGAUUUCUAAUUAACUGAGGUACCUGUAUUGGUGACGUAGAUGCGCUCAUGUGGAGGGGGGAGUGAGGGAUGGAGUCGGGUCGGAGCAGAGCGGGGUCUCACGCGGAGCUGAGGUACUUUGGUUCAGUCUGUGACAGAAUCGAGAUAACCAGUUGCCGGACAUCAUCAACGGAAAACAAUCAGCGUUCAACUGUGCAAGAUUUAGAGCUUUGCUAAUAAAGAUAUACUUAUGGUAGAUGGCAUUGUCGGAGACAGCCGGAGGGGAUUCUUCAGCCCAUUUCUCAAGCUGAAUCCAAAUGACACUUCCUCCACCCAAAAGUCCCCCGAUGACCACAGAACUCCACCUAUAGUCGGAGGAUGCUGCACAGUGUGUGACACGGUCGUCCGACCGCAAUUGAUUGGUGCAAGAAGCGUCCUUCCCUCAACCAGAGCAUGACACUCUCAGCAGUGGACAGUUGGAAAAGGGCUUCGGAAAUGAACCCCUGUGGACAGCCGCAAGACUGGGUCAGUGGCAGGAGCACGGCUAGGUAAAGAAGCAGAGGUCUUCGUGUGAGGAGAGAAAGCAUACAACUAAAAAAGUGGGGGGCAAACGAUCGCAUCAGCAAAGACAUACAACCUCAAAUCAUGGGGAUACAGCAUCUUCUGCUUCUUUUGAUUUACUUGGACCCGCUGAAUGUACUGUGCGCGGCUACAGCCAACAAGAAGAAAAACGCACCAAAGCGGAAUCAGAAGAUGAAGGAGGUGAACGGCACGGAGGCGCCUACUGCGGUUCCGCGGCGAAACACUCAGGUCCAGGCACCUUCGAUCGCUACCCAUGACACGUGCCUGGGCUACUAUGACGUGAGCGGAGCGUACGAUAAAGUGUUCGAGUGCAACAACACCGAGCACCGCUACUGUUGUGGAAGUUGUUUCCUGCGCUAUUGCUGUGCAGAAAAAGGGAAACGCAUAGAACAGAAAACUUGCACAAAUUAUAACACCCCAGAUUGGAUCAAAACGCAGCCUCCAUCCCCGGCACCAACAGGUGACACUUACGACCCUGACUUGGAUCAGACUAACACAACGGUAUACAUCACCUGUGGUGUCAUAGCUUUUAUCAUCCUCAUCGGAGUUUCUGCAAAAGUUGCCUACGACAAAGCAACCAAGCCCCCUCAGGAAAUGAAUGUCCAUAGAGCUCUUGCAGACAUUUUGAGGCAACAAGGACUAAAUAAGGAGAAUGAAAAUAUUGCAGCAUUGGAGGGUUCACCCAAAGACAUGGACACACCUCUCCGAACGUCCAAGAACCAUUACACCCCAGUUCACACCAUGCUAGCAAACCACGGGCACUAUGGGAAAGAGAACUUCCGCCAAGGCCAACUUGAUCAUAACUUCAUCUCCUCUGGAUUCGUGACACUGGGACGACCGCACCUAAAAGCGCAGCACUCUGUAGACGAUUUAGGGCAGCUGUCCUGGCAGGGAGAUCUGGACGUUCCUAAUAUCUCCUACAGCAGCCACCAACAUGAUUAUCAACAUAGUCACCUGGAUCUUACCCAGGCCCACACACCUAAAAUUGCCCACAGACAAAUGAGACAUGAGAAGCCCCAGCGCAUGAACAACAUCCUAACCUCGCAGACAGAGCCAUACGACCUGGACAUGUCCUUCUCACGCUCCUUCCAGAACCUCACCCACCUGCCUUCCAACUACGAACUGGCGGCAAUGAGCAAAGCUGACUUAAGUAAAUACUCCUCUCUCCACAAAUUAAGUGAUAAGGACAUAGAUGAGUACUACAUGCGGAAGCGACACCAAGACUUGGCAGGUCGGCAGAUUCUGCAGCCGCCCCACAUGGUGAAGCUGAACACAGAGCCCCACCAGCAGCACCGUCAGCGGCCUCACCGUGUCCAGAGGGCCAUGUCCCAGGACCAUGUGCUGUCCCCAGAGAGGACCCCACGCCAUGGCUACGGCCUCUCAGCCUACAACAUGGGCGUCUCUUCCUACGGCAGCCGCAUUCUCUCAGAGGAGCAGCUGCUCUCCGCAGACCGCCUCCAGUCCCAGGACCCCCUGCUCUCGCCGGACAAGAUGCUGUCGCUGCGGCGCUCCAACUUCCGGGAGAAGGCCAUGUCGCGGGCCAUGUCCCAUGUAGACAUCAACUUUGUGCCCACCACACCUGUCAUGGACCGCAGUGAGCGCUACGCUAAGAUGCAAAAGAUGCACUCCCAUCCCACUACCAUCAACGACUCAUACAACACGCUCACCGUCAACCACCCGACCACCAACAAGAGGCAGCAGUUUGCCUCGCGACGGACACACACGGUGGACCAUCUACAGUACAUCCCAGGCCACCAGCACAACAACCAGUACCGCACGGCCAGUAAGAACGAGGUAACUGUUUAACGAGAGGGUGGCUGGCCAAGGAUUCCUGUGUCAACAGACUGUCAACAGAUGAAAACAGCAGAUACUUCCAGAGGUGUGCAACCUCACCUUAGGUCUUCUUUUCAAAGUAGCCAACAACUAACCCUUCUUGCUUUCAGCUCAAGCUCUCAGUUUCAUUCCGAUUUGGAUUAUCACAACUAGAAUCAACCACAAAGACAUCUGUACUUUCUCUAUAGGGCAACAUAAGGGCUUUGCACGUUGACACAUAAGGAAUGCUUUAUGUGAGGUUAUCCGUAAGAAGACAAUAUUUUUUAAAAAGGGGAAUUGGAAAGGAACUGGAUCAACUUUAUAAAUAUAUACAUAUAUUUACUAUUUGUAUUUUCAGUCCUUGUUAUAGCUUUAGAGAUUCUUAUUGAACUUAUCUGGUGUUAGAACUUCAAGAGGUGCCUCUCGAAAUUGUUCCCAUUUCAACGAUGAAGUGGAUUUGUGGGUUAAAAAGCACAAUUAAUGGGUUUCUUUCUCUGUUGAUUUAUUCUUGUUUUUUGGUAACGGCCAGCACAUAUCAGCUUAUUAGUGGCUAUAGUGGCAAUUUCCAUUGCAUAAAUGAUUGUAAAUAGGCUAUAUUAGCAGAAUUAUACACUAAAUGAGAAGAGCUGGACAAGUGGAAUUGUUGAGUUUCUACCCAAGAGUCUACAGUCUUUUCACAAGUAAAGAUCACAAUUUCAGAUUAGUCCAACCCCUCAACAAAUACUUGAUACCAACAAACAUGUUCAAUAAUGUGUGUGCGUAUGUGUGUAUAUUUUUGUAACUGUGCUUGUAGGAUGAUUGUGUAUGGGUAGGGUUGAAUCAACCUCAUGCCACUGUUAAUUAGCAGCUUUAGACUGUAGGCACACUACUCCACAGGUGACCAUGUUAACUAAUGCUUCUUUCAAUAGCUUCAUUUUCUGCACUCAUUCCCUCGCUAUAUAAUCCAAGUGGAUGACAUCCAUUUUGUUUUGAGUUAGGAAAAGCUGCUUUCAUUUUGAUAUACAGCAUUGUUGUAUAUUUGACUCCAUUCAUCAGAGUUGAAGAAUAAUAGUUGUUGUUAUGUGUUUACAAUUGUUACAUUGUUGCAGGUGUGUUGACGUACCUGAAACAGUCGACAAAGAGGACAUCAAUAUAAUCACUAGUUAAGCAAGGAUUAAAACUGUGAUUUUUAUGUCCAGAUGUUUUCAUUAAAGCAAUGCCUUACUGUG